CACACCCCCACACCCCAAUUUGAAAAAAGGGGAAGAAAAAAAAAACAAAGCAUGAGUAGUGAACAGUUAUACGAGAAGAAAAUCGCCGGUAUUCUGACCGACCUUCCCGGAUCUAUGAGCUCCCACCCGACCUCCAAGGACUCCCCGACUCUGCCGGAGUCCUCCGUGACGGACAUGGGCUACUACAGCGCGGCGCAGUCGGCCCACGGCCAUCACGAAUAUUACCAGGGCCAGGCGUACGGACAGCCCAUCAACUCUUACCACCACCACCACCAGCACCAGCACCAGCACCAGCACCACCAGUUCAACCUGAACGCCAUGGGAGCCGCCGGAGUCUACGCCGCCAAGUCCGAGUACCCUUACACGAACGGCUACAGGCAGUACGGACAUUACAACAGAGAUCACCUGCAGGCGUCGCCUCCCAGCUCAGUAAAAGAGGAGCCUGAGCCCGAAGUCCGCAUGGUGAACGGCAAGCCCAAAAAGAUCCGCAAACCCCGAACCAUCUACUCCAGCUACCAGCUCGCCGCUCUGCAAAGGCGCUUCCAGAAGGCGCAGUACCUCGCCCUGCCCGAGAGAGCCGAACUCGCGGCCCAACUGGGCCUGACCCAAACACAGGUGAAAAUCUGGUUCCAGAACCGGAGAUCCAAGUUCAAGAAGCUCUACAAGAACGGCGAGGUGCCCCUGGACCACAGCCCGAACGCCAGCGACUCCAUGGCGUGCAACUCGCCGCCCUCCCCGGCCCCGUGGGACAACGGGGUCAGCACCCCGCAAAGCCGAGCUCAGGUGCAGGCGCAGCCGACCCACAGCUCGUCGCCCCCCUACAUGGACGAUUACAGCAACCACUGGUACCAGCAGCAGGGACCCCACCUACAGCUCCCGGGCACCGUGCACCACACGGUGCAACCACAGAGCGUGGGAGCUGUUUAUUAACACGGACCUCCCCACCCCCACCUAUUUUAUAUAUAUAUAUAUAGAUAUCUAUAUAUAUAUAUAUAUAUAAUAUUUUUAAAACGAGGUCUACCCAAAAAAUGACUGUGCUGAAAGACCUUUUGACCGGGAGCAGACCUAAAGAGAUGAUCCAGACCAGAACUUUUUCUUCAUCCAUUGACAAAGCACAUAAGGGAUUUGUGAUCACUUGUAACGACAUAUUUAAAGGACAUAUGACGUUUUUUUCUUUUUUUUUUUAAGUUAUUCAACUCCUCUGUUAUAUUCCCCACGUCCUCCUUUUUUGUAAAUGGAUCGGAACGUUAUUUUUUUUUUUUUUGUUUUGUUCAAAACAAUAACCACACAAUAACGAGAGGGAGGGGGAAUGUGCUGUUAGUACUUUCCAAUAAUAAUAAUAAUAAUAAUAAUAAUAAUUCAUGCCGGGCGCCCCAUGAAACUCAGGUCAUAUUUAUAAGGAUUUGUAAAAAAAAAAAAAAAAAAAAAACAGUCGAAGGCUGUAAAUAUGUUUAUAUAGAACCACCGUUAUGAUCAUAUUUGUUUGAACGACUCGCUCGUGGUUCUCGACGCGGAAGUCAUUUUUAUAUUCAUGUCAUUAGUUGCCCCUUUGACCUUCUUGUCCUUUGAAUAAAGGUGUUAAUUACACUUUGUGUGUCCGGACCCUGUUCCUAAACGUCGCCCGUCUUCAAUUCCCCAAUCGAAUCAGAACCAAGAAAAAAGAGAUAUGAUUUUUGUUUCGCCCGACUUGCAGUGUUGUACUGUGUAUAGCUUGUGUUUUUUUAAAAAAAACGUCGUCGCGCUAAUUUUAGGUACAGACGGAGGGAAAUAUUACAAAAAAGCAAAUAAUAAUCAUAAUUUAAAGAAAGCUCCCGCGACCCUCGUGAGGAUAAGCGGAUCACAAAAAAGGAUAGGUGAAUUUAAAAAGGGCGAUAAUUCUUGAUGUAUUAAACAGUGCAAGCAUCCCUAAUGAAU